UCAACGACCGCCGCAGGACCACGCGUGUGAGGUUUUUUCUAUUCGCCGGGGCUGUCCCGUCCGUCCGUUCUUGUACCUGCGAGGGUGACCGGUCCGAAGGAAACGAGGGAGAAAGAAAGAGAGAGAGAAAGAGAGAAAGAGAGAAAGAGAGAAAGAGAGAGGCAGAGAGAGGCAGAGAGACAGAGAGACAGAGAAACCUGCGUGCCGUGUGUUCACAGAGGAAUCUCUCCCGCGACACAGGAUCAACGGCGCAACGCUACCCACGGAUUGCUUUCUUCCGAUCACUUUUCCCUGUUCUCGUUGGUGUAAACAUCUUCUUAGAUUGUGUACGUGCGCGUGCGUAACGCCGAGCCGAAGUUCUCCUGCAUGAUUUCGUGCGAACCGUCGGCGCACGGUACGAAUAGAGUCGCCGGGACCAACGGGGAUGUAGCCGAGGGUGGGCUGCCGCCGGUUGACGCUACCGCGACGACGAUGCGCACGUCGGAACGACGAGACCGCCGUCACCAUCGCCACCAGCUGCCGACGAGAGCAGGGGACCGUUUAAUCCGCGAAAUUCACUGGGAUCAUCGAUCGAUCGGCGACAAAGCUCACUGCCACCAGUGAUGACGAGACGAGGCUGUUAACCUCGAAAACCGUCCGUCCGUCCGUCCAUCCGUCUAUCCGUCUGUCCGUCGAGCCGCGAUAUCCACGGACUCUCCCUCUCCGCCGAGCCAACGAACAAAGACCUUCGGCCACCCUUUAGAGACCCCGAAGAGAUCAAAGACUGAAUAUCAAAGAGGGGGACAGGAAAGAUGUUGGGCGUGAGUCAGCCGGGAAACCCGCCCUCGAGCUUGCGACACUCGGCGAGCUUCUCUUGCCUGCAGCGCGGCACUGCCAGCGAGGGACAUCGGGCUAGGACCUCGACGCUGCUGCAGCAGCCUAGCCUUCAGCUGACCGGCAGCGGGGCGGCGGCGGCGGCGGCGGCGGUGGCGGCGGCACAGGCACAGGCACAGGCACAGGCACAGGCACAACAACAACGACAGUCCUCGCUGCUGCAGCAAUCGAGCACCGGCACCGUGCAACACCGAGUCGAGGCGUUGGAGUCCCUUCAAGACGGCAACGACUACGGUUUCGUCAAGAUCAGGCCACGGUUGCGCAGCACGAACGCCACUCUCUACCAUGAGGAAGAGGUAGCAGCGCAGAAGAGCGCGCUGUGGGACCGCGACGCCUCGGCGUUCAGCGACCGCGAGUGCGACUCGAACUACAGGGACUGUUCGCUCAAGAUCAAGGACCACCGGGAACAUUCGCCCAAAGGCGGCACCUCGAAGAACCAGAAUCCCCUCCGAGGCGCGUUGAUCCUCUUCGCUUCGACGUCCUCCUGGUGGAAGGCCAGGCAACGGGAGGAUCAACUGACCGGAUCGGAGCGAGCUCUAGCCUCGACCGCCACCAUGUCCGAGAGGAAAUGGUCCAGCACGUCGAUGGCCUCCCCGUCGAACGAGCGCAAGUGGGUGCCGUCGGUCACCUCGCCGACGAACGACAGGAAAUGGUCGGUCGGGAACGCUGGUCUGUCCUCCUCCACCGGGAACGACAGGAAGUGGACCAGGUCCUCGGUGUCUUCCAGUUCCGCGAGCCAGCAGGACAGGAAGUGGCGGUCGCUGGGCGCUCUGCUCAGGACCCCAGCUAGCACUGGCUCGCACGGGGUCCAGCACAAGUACCAGCAGCAGCAACAGCAGCAGCAGCAGCAACAACAGCCCCAGCAGCAGCAGCAGCAGCAGCAGCAGCAGCAGCAGCAGCAGCAGCAGCAGCCGACCUCUUACUCCGCCCGGGUUAGCAGGGUCAGCAGGGACAUCUACAGAGAGAACGGGGAGUUCGGGCAGACCGGCCGGUCGAAGGUCAGUCGCAGAUUGUACCAGGACGGCGAGUCUUCCGGGGACAGAGACACCGUCGAGGAGAGGCAUCUUCAGGUGAGGCACCAGUUCGAGGAGGAGUGCCGGGCCAGGACUAAUCGGGAGAGCAUCUGCAAAACGGAGCAGAGCAGCGAGACGCGCGGCGCCUCGACUAGAUCCAGCCGGGCGCAAAGCUUUUACCUGCUAGACGAUUUCCUGCGGCCCCAGCCCCAGCAGAGUGGUGGCAAUAGCAAUAAGUGCAUGUUGAACGUCUACCUGUCGCCGUCCCACUCCAAGUCCAACGAUCACGGGAGAUCGAUCGAGACGAAGCACGUCUCUUCGCAAGGGAACAUAACCACGAACAUCACGCCGCCCAGGCGCCACAAUUCCAGCUCGGAUAGCCUGGAGGUGGCGACCAGCCCCCUGCCGCCGCCGGUGCCGCCGCCGCCACCGCAGGUCAGCGCCAGGGACAGGGACAGGGGCGACAGCCUCAAGGAGAAGGACGUGUGCCCCUGCAAAAUGUGCUGGACCAAUAUGCACCAGAGAUCUUUCGUUGAAGAGAGUCCUGGAACGCUGCACAAAGAUGUCAGUGGUGCUGGUACCAAGGUCAGCGGAAAGACUGUCGGCAAUGUCGCCAGUGCAGGCACUACAGCCCUCUCACUGCUCUCCGCCAUUAAUAAUACAUCCAACACCAGCCGAAACAAGAACAACAUGCCUGUGUCCCAAGAGAAGAUACAGUCAUUCUUUCACCCCAAACCGACCCGAGUGGACAAAUCGGACAACAACAACACGAACAACUCUACGACGAACAACAUCCACAGCAUGCCGAUUCACGAGCCUUCCAUCAACGCCACGUCUCACGACACAUACUCCGGAAGAUUGCCAAUGACACCUCAAGAUGCGCUCAGGUUUUUCGGUCCAAGGCUCACGGGAUUCGAGCGCGCGGAGAUCGAAAAAUACUCGGAGAUCUGGUAUCUGGGCCUACCGGCCCAAAAGAUACACGGCGAGGAGGGGGCGUCUCAGAACUGCGGCUACGACGACGAAAACGGGAAUUACAACAAGGUCCUCCACGAUCACAUCUCGUACAGAUACGAAAUCCUGGGGGUGAUAGGCAAAGGAAGCUUCGGCCAAGUGAUCAGAGCGCUGGACCACAAGACGUUACGGUACAUCGCCAUCAAGAUCAUCAGGAACAAAAAGAGAUUCCAUCACCAGGCACUCAUCGAGGUGCAGAUCUUGGAACACUUGAGGAAGAAGGACCUGGAGGCUAACGCCUCCCACAAUGUGAUACACAUGCUAGAAUACUUCUACUUCAGGAACCACUUGUGCAUCACUUUCGAGUUAAUGAGUUUGAACCUGUACGAACUAAUCAAAAGGAACAGCUACCAGGGAUUCAGCCUGAGCUUGAUACGACGGUUCGCUAAUUCGUUGAUUAGCUGCCUGAAACUGUUGUACCGGGAGAACAUCAUCCACUGCGAUUUAAAGCCGGAAAACGUGCUUCUGAAGCAGCGGGGUAGCAGCUCGAUCAAGGUGAUAGACUUCGGGUCCUCGUGCUACAGCCACCAGCGCGUGUACACGUACCUGCAGUCCAGGUUCUACCGGAGCCCGGAGGUGCUUCUGGGCCUUCCGUACGGGACGCCGAUCGAUAUGUGGAGUCUGGGCUGCAUCUUGGCCGAACUGUACACCGGCUGCCCAUUGUUCCCGGGCGAGGACGAGAUCGAGCAACUCGCCUGCAUCAUGGAGGUCCUCGGCGCGCCGCCGAAUUACAUCAUCAAUCACGCGACACGUCGCAGGCUUUUCUUCGACCCGAAGGGAAGUCCACGAUGCGUGACAAACAGCAAGGGCAAGAAGAGGUGGGUCGGUAGCAAGAAUCUCUCGAUGGUUCUCCGCUGCACCGACAGCCUAUUCGUGGACUUUAUCAGUAGAUGCCUCGAGUGGGAUCCAUACAAGCGGAUGACCCCCAGCGAGGCGAGCCGCCACGAGUGGUUGAACUCGUCGUCCUACCACAUGAACUCGUCCUCCUCGACGACGGCGACGUCGACGGUGAACGCGAACGCGAACACCACCACGACGACCGUGGAGACGUCCUCGCAGUCGGCCCACGCCCAGACGGUGAGCGUAACGGUGAGCGCGCCCCGGCAACGUGCGACCACGGUGGAAGAUCCGCCGUACACGAUGUACCGACUCUACAAAGGCCGUAAAUAUGUGCAGAGAAUCAGCACCGCCGACAACGCGGACAACGCCGGGCUGGUGGUGAAGAGCAAGCUGAACGGCAGCGCGAGCAGCCACGCGCUCGCCAGCACCGCCCCGACCGCCACGUCGAGACACGCGUCGACCGGCGAUAUCGUCGCGAGUCUGGACCCGAAUCUCGACGAUUCCGGUACGUUUUUACCGCCGAUAUUGUGAAGUCGGGCCUGCGCUAGCCACUUCUAGAUGCUCCACCCUCUCCAGCCCCUAUCAUCCUCCAGCAGCCCCGUACCGUGUCAUACCGCGAAUCGAACGCUCCUCGUCGCGUGCAACCGGGACGGGAACUGAACGGAUCGAGAUCCCGAACGAUCGUCGAGCUUGGAAACCAGACUGGCCGCCGGUCGAUUUCAUCAACGACAAUAAAGCACGAACGCGAUCGACCGCCGGCCGAAGACCAAUUCAGGCCCCCGUGUAGAGUACUCUCGGAAUCAUCUAUACACGUGUCUCGUACGUACCCAGAUGGAUCUGUGUGCCCGUGUCAGGGGUACCGCGUUCGCGGCUCAGGUUCACCCGGUAUGUGCGCGAGGAGAACGGAGAGAGACACUUGCACACAGACGCGCGUGGGGGUUGGAUAAAGUAGUAGGAAGGUUAGGGGAUGAUGGUGUAUAGCCGUGAACCCGAAUGCUCCAAGAGUAUCCGAAGAGGAAUAUUCCGUGACGCGUUAUUCGGAAUUUCUACGAUGACACGUUCAGAUCGCUGAGCCGUGUAGUCAGAGCGGGCGCUAUCGUCGACGAAGCGAGUCCUGUUUUCAGUAAUAUUUCUUAUUACCGUACGAACAUUGUAAAAGGAGCACACACAGACGUUGGCGCUUUUCCGAAUCGGUGAGAAAAAGGCCAGAAAUUGUUCGGUCGGAUACGAUAGCUGCCUUCGCGAGAAAUUAGCGAUUCAGGGUUCAAUGUACAAAGCGUUCGUAUUAUUUUGUCCAACGCCCGUACGCGCACUCGGGAUUACAAGAGCACCUCAGAACGGCAUGUAGAAUUGGCUGGCUGGAUCGGCCCGAUCGUUUCUAUAUCCGAGACACACCACACGCGUGACGAAGGCUAGGGUAAAUUACGCGUUGUGCUAGUCUCUCCGGCAUGUACGCGUCGAGCCGCCGAGGGCAAAAUGAUCUGACGAGGGCGGGCCGCGGACCGACGCGGCCCCACGCCGUCGCGCGACCGGAAACCACAGACGUUUAUCUCCGUUUCCGAGUUAGCAGAGGUUCGCCCGACGGCCGGGGUGUCCCGCGCGUUAGCUACCCGCACCCCCCGAUGUCACUCAGGUAAUCGUAACGACGUGUAUGCACCAAUCGUAGUCGAUCGAAAGUAAUGUAGUGAAAGAGAGCGAGACAGAGCGAUAGGAGACGAGAGCGCGAGAGGGAGAGAAUGGGAGAGAGAGAAAGAGAGAGCAAGAGAGAGAGAGAGAGAGAGUGAGAGAACGAGCAAGAAAGUAAACAAUUUCGAUUUCCCCGAUAUCGGUCCCUUGUCCUUCGAGAUACUAGCAAGAAUUUACUUAGCCGGAAGAGAAGUCGGUUUCGCGAGUCGAUCGG